AUGAUGUGUAAUGGUGAAUUUCUACAAAAAGAUCUAGAUGAGGCUCUAGAGUAUUUAGAUAACUUAGCCAAGAAAGCCCAUACCUGGAAUGGACCUAUUGCCACUGAGAGUACUAAUAGGUCACGACCUAUCGAAAACACCACUAGCAUAGGCAUUUAUCAUCUUAGGGAGGAGGAUGACCUUGGAGCCAAGGUAGAUGCCCUCACUAAAGAACUCAAAAUCUUACAUGCUAGGGACUCAAAGCCUAUACAGAAUGCAUCCCAUGUUGAAUUUUUAGGACCUUAUUUUGUUUGUGGUAGAACUGAUCAUCCAGCUCAAUGGCACAUACCAAAAAUUUAUUCUCCCUUUUCUGAAACAUACAAUCCUGGAUGGCUGAAUCACCCCAAUCUUAGCUGGAAAUCUGAAGGCCAUCCAAAUAAAACUCACAUUGUACCUCCAUAUCAGCCCACGUACUCUAGGAACUCUUUAGAAGACACUCUACAUGCAUUUAUAAAGGCACAGAGUAAGACUAACCAAAAGUUUGAGACUAUGAUCAUCCAAAUUGUUGAAGAAAACAAGGAAAUAAAAUCUCAUAUGUUCAAACUAACUAAUGCCUUAGCUAUAGGGGAGUGGGGAAAAUUCCCAACGCAGGCUCAACCGAACCCUAGGGAGCAACACAUGGCACAAACUUUAGGGUCAGGAGAAAGUAAUCUCAGAGAAGUAAAUGUCAUAACCACUCAGUCUGGUAAGGUCAUAGAACCAAUUCCUAAACCUAAGGAAAAUGAAAAAGUCCCUAGCAAUUCAGAAGAGAGCACCCCUAGCGAGGAGGUAGUGAAAAAUCCAUCUAGAGUGCCUUUCCCUCAAGCUCUCAAGUCUACCUCAAAAUCUGUCGGCCAACAUAAUGAAAUCCUAGAGCAUCUAAAACAAGUAAAAAUCAAUUUACCUCUUUUACAUGUGAUCUCCCAAGUUCCCAUAUAUGCUAAAGUCUUAAAAGACUUGUACACUGUGAAGAAGAAACACCAUAUCAAAAAAACUGCUUUCUUAACUGAACAUGUGAGUGUUGUAAUUGGGCAAAAGAUUCUACCAAAGUAUAAAGACCCUGGUUGUCUUACUGUCUCUUGCAUCAUCGGGAACCAUGAGAUUUCACAAGCCCUUCUUGAUCUAGGGGCUAAUAUCAACAUCAUGCCGUAUGAUAUUUACUUGUCGUUAGGGUUAGGAGAGAUAAAACCCACAUCAGGAGUAGUUGAGGAUAUGUUGGUACAAGUUGACAAAUUUUACUACCCUAUUGACUUCUUGAUUUUGAACCUAAAAGUUGAUGUGAAUGUUAACUCCAAAAUUUCCAUAAUUCUUGGUAGACCUUUUCUUACCACGGCUAAUGCUCUUAUCAAUUAUAGGAAUGGUCAAAUGAAACUAUCAUUUAGGAAAAUGACCCUGGACGUCAACAUCUUUUGCAUCAUGAAGCAACCUGAGGAGGAUGACGAGUGUCAUCAAACAUUCAUGAUUGAUGCACUCGUUCAGGAAAAAGCACCUGCAAUUAUUGACCCCAACCCUUUAAACUCAUUUUGUUUAAAUUCUAAAAUUGUAGCAGGGUAUGAUGAUGUGGAAUAUGCUAAUAUUUGUGCUGCCUUUGACAAUUUGCAAGAUUGUGAAACAUCACCGACGAUUAUUUCUACUGAGCUUGGUGCAAUGCAAAGAGUGUUGACAACGCCCUUGCUAGAUGCGGGCUAA